GUGUUAUUUACACUGAAUGUGCUUUGCUGCUGACCGAGUCAGAGAAUCCAACUGAGUCUUCUGUGCUGCAAGCUCCUGUACAACAGUCCAAUGAUGACGUCUGUGCUGGGGUAUUUGGUGUCAGUCCUGGCAUUUUGCACCACGAGCCUAGUUUGUGCUUUUGGGAUCAGCGCGGACAAGACUUCCUAUUACGCACUCAAAGGAUCGAGCGUCAUUCUUGACUGCAAGUCCACACGUCCCUCUGGCUUCUUAAACUGCACGAAAGCUGAUUGGGAAUUUCUAGUUCCCAAAGAAGGCGUCAAGCUCUUUUUAUGGAUGGAUGACGGCCAAGUGUAUGUUGAGCACAAACCUUUGAAGGACAGGGUUGAGUUCACUUCCCCCAACCCUUGUGAUGGAGAUGCUUCCAUAAGGAUCACCGACCUGCGUAUGUCAGACACGGGGAAGUACGCGUGCAACUUGAGAGAGGAUGCUCGAUAUUUGUUGAAAACCAUGACCCUGACAGUCACGGAGGAGCUGAGCACACCGGUAUGUGCCGUGCAAGGAGAGCCUGUGGCAGGUAAUGUUGUGACGCUCCAAUGCACAUCCUCACAAGGCACACCCCCGCUGAAGUACAGCUGGACAAAGACAAGUGGAAACCAGAUGUUACCUCCUAACUCUAACGGGGACACCUCAGGAGGGACCUUGUUGGUCAACAGGCUCUCAGAGGACGACUGUGGAAGUUAUCUCUGCACGGUGGAAAGUCUGAAUGAUACUAAACACUGUGAGAUCCUACUUCAAUGUCCAUCUUCACCUCCGACCACAAGCGAUGCAACCAAACACAAUGAGGUCCUACCAAUGAGUCUAUGGUCACCAUUAGAGACGAGCAAUGGAAAUCAAGUUAUCAUCGCAGAAGCAGCGACUAUCGUUGUUCUUUUGCUGGCCAUUGUCUUAGCUCUCACAGUCAUUUGGGUCUUGCGCAAAAGAAAUGGUGGUAAGCUUGCAAUAAAAAACGCUAUUUAGUGGCGUCCCCUCUUCAAAGUGGUAUUUCGGUGAGGGACAAGCUGUAUGAAACGGAGAUUACAUUAUAGUGUACUAAUUAGUACAAUACAACUUUAAAAAAACAUUGUGUGUGCUGUGUUGAUAGUAUCACAAAGAUCGGAACUGCUCAAUGCCUGAUGUUUUGUCUUUGUGUGGGGUAAAAAAGUAUAUUUUAAAGGGGAACAUUAUCACAAUUUCAGAAGGGUUAAAACCAUUAAAAAUCAGUUCCCAGUGACUUAUUUUAUUUUUCGAAGUUUUUUUCAAAAUUUUACCCAUCACGCAAUAUCCCUAAAAAAAGCUUCAAAGUGCCUGAUUUUAACCAUCGUUAUAUACACCCGUACAUUUUCCUGUGACGUCACACAGUGAUGCCAAUACAAACAAACAUGCCUCACAAUACGAAGGUCCUGAGUAGUCCUGGGUUCAAUCCCGGCUCGGGAUCUUUCUGUGUGGAGUUUGCAUGUUCUCCCCGUGACUGCGUGGGUUCCCUUCGGGUACUCCGGCUUCCUCCCACUUCCAUACUCCGGCUUCCUCCCACUUCCAAAGACAUGCACCUGGGGAUAAGUUGAUUGGCAACACUAAAUUGGCCCUAGUGUGUGGAUGUGAGUGUGAAUGUUGUCUGUCUAUCUGUGUUGGCCCUGCGAUGAGGUGGCGACUUGUCCAGGGUGUACCCCGCCUUCCGCCCGAUUGUAGCUGAGAUAGGCUCCAGCGCCCCCCGCGACCCCAAAGGGAAUAAGCGGUAGAGAAUGGAUGGAUGUCGGAUAGAACAGCAAGGAAUAGCGACAUUAGCUCGGAUUCAGACUCGGAUUUCAGCGGCUUAACACUGUCUGAUAAGAUAAUUACUAACAACUAUGAACUAGGUUUACAGCAUAUGAAAUACAUUUGGCAACAACAUGCACUUUGAGAGUGCAAGACAGCCCAUUUCAGGCGCGCUAAGAACAUAUAUUUUUCCACGAUUUCAGCACUCAGGUUAACCAUACCUAAAUAGACACAAAAUACUGCAUUACACAAGACUACCCGAAUGUACUCGAAUGAUUGAAAAAAAUUAAUGUUUUUAAGCUAAAUUAUUGGUAAACACAGUUUAUGUAUAAUAAUUUACGUAAAACCGCGAGUAAUGAAUAAAGUUUUCAUCAAUUAAUAUAUUCUGUAGACAUACCCUCAUCCGCUCUCUUUUCCUGAAAGCUGAUCUGUCCAGUUUUGGAGUUGAUGUCAGCAGGCCAGGGAAGCUAGGGUCGAUAUUUUUCUCUUGAUCAUCUUCGGUGGCAUAAGGGACGGUGUGAGCCAAGACAUCCAGGGGGUUUAGCUCGCUCGUCUGCGGGAACAAACUGCCGCCAUUGCUUGCCGUGCUACCGAGGUCCUUUGUCCCUGAAUUGCUCACACACUCCGGCAGAUUCAAUGGGGGUCUGGCGGCAGAUUUCUUUGACUUUAUUGUUGGAAAUGCAUCUGCUUUGAGUGUUACAGGAUAUCCACACAUUCUUGCCAUCUCUGUCGUAGCAUAGCUUUCGUCGGUAAAGUGUGCGGAACAAACGACUGACCAUUUCGUCGGCUUUCCCCACACCCUCGUAUUUUGUCCAAUUUCUUGCCACUUUCGCAUCUUUGAGCCACUGGUGCAACUUGAAUCCGUCCCUGUUUGUGUUGUUACACCUUCCGACAACACACCGACGAAAGUGAGAAAAUGGCGGAUUGCUUUCCGAUGUGACGUCACGUUGUGACGUCAUCGCUCCGAGAGCGAAUAUUAGAAAGGCGUUUAAUUCGCCAAAAUUCACCCAUUUAGAGUUCGGAAAUCGGUUAAAAAAAAAAAAGGUCUUUUUUCUGCAACAUCAAGGUAUAUAUUGACGCUUACAUAAGUCUGGUGAUAAUGUUCCCCUUUAAGGAUUAAUAAAAUAUUUGUGUGUACCAGCUUUAAUGUAGACCAGGAGUCUCAAACGUAUGAGAUGAGUUUGCAAUGUAAAAAAAAAAAAAAAGAGCUGUAAUGUUUGAAUGAAAGAAACUGCUGUUCUUAAUGUGUCCACUAGAUGUCACAAGAACAUUUCUUGGUACCUUUGCAGCCCUGUCAUGAGAGCGAGUGUGACUUCAAAAGGGGCGGAGCUAUGUGCCGUGUGUCAACACUUCGUGUUUGGACACUAUGUACCGUAUUUUUCGGAGUAUAAGUCGCACCGGCCGAAAAUGCAUAAUAAAGGAGAAAAAACAUAAGUCGCAUUUUUUGGGGAAAUUUAUUUCCAACACCAAGAAUAGACAUUUGAAAGGCAAUUGAAAAUAAAGAAUAGUGAACAACAGGCUGAAUAAGUGUACGUUAUAUGAGGCAUAAAUAACCAACUGGUAUGUUAACGUAACAUAUUAUGGUAAGAGUCAUUCAAAUAACUAUAACAUAUAGAACAUGCUAUCAUGCUAUACGUUUACCAAACAAUCGUCACUCCUAAUCGCUAAAUCCCAUGAAAUCUUAUACGUCUAGUCUCUUACGUGAAUGAGAUCAAUAAUACUUGAUAUUUUACGCUAAUGUGUUAAUCAUUUCACACAAGUCGCUCCUGAGUAUAAGUCACACCCCCGGCCAAACUAUGACUUAUAGUCCGAAAAAUACGGUACUUAUGCUGCUUUUUAGGGAUAGUAUACAAAACGUGGAUUGUUACGUUCAUGCCUUGAUUGUCAAAGAUGAUGCUAGUAAUGUCACCUGUGAUGUUUAUACUCAAAUAAAU